GCAGGCAAUAAAGUGGCUGUCAGCCCGCAGGGCACCCAGCCUGGAGGUGUCAUCCCCAGUGGGCAAGGGCUGGAGCUUGGACACCCAGCAUGCGGGCACAGCUUCCUCGGAGGGUACUGCUCAGUCUGGUCCUCAGACUCCUGUUCCUGAAACCAGUGGUCACGGGCAGCUGCUCAGGUGAUGACCAAGAACUCCUCAAGCAGCUUCAGCGUCAGACGGACUUCAUGCAGGACACUAGCAGGCUGCUAGACCCCUAUAUGCACGCCCAAGGCCUGGAUGUGCCUGGACUGAAAGAGCACUGCCAAGAGCACCCCGGGGUCUUUCCCAGAGAGAAUGCCCUGCAUGGGCUCAGCAGGAGGGGCUUCCUGCAGACCCUCAACGCCAAGCUGGGCCACGUCCUACACAGACUGACCAUUUUACAGCAGGACCUCCCUAAAGUCCAGGAAUUUGGGACAGUGAAGAGGUAUAUCUAUGGGAUUAGGAACAACAUCUACUGCCUGGCCCAGCUGCUUCCAGGCUCCUCAGAGACAGCUGAACCCACUCAGGCAGGCACAGAGGACUCGCCGCCACCUCCCCCUGCGUCAGACACCUUUCAACGCAAGUUACAGGGCUGCCAGUUCUUGCGUGGCUACCACCGCUUCAUGCACUCAGUAGGGCAGGUCUUCCACAAGUGGAGGGAGAGUCCCAGCCGGAGCCGGAGACACAGCCCCCACCGGGCCCUGCGGAAGGGGGCUUACAGGAUGCAACCCUCCAUGAGGGGCAAGAGACUCAUGCCUAGGGGGCAGCUGCCCCAGUAGCCUUACGGGGCGCCCCAGUGGUGCUUAGGAUGGCGCAGCCUCCCCUGUGCCUUUAAGCCUGCUCCCUUGACUUCCCCACCUCUCAGAAGUGCACUUUAAGGGGUGAGGGCCGGGCUGACUCCUCUACCUUCUCCUAGGCUGGGGGGAUCGGAUCAGGCCAUUGCUCCCCACCAGUCCUGAGUUCUCCAGACCCAGUGGGGUGGCUGGGUCAGGCCACGCGGGGCCAACUUUCCAUUGAUUCAGGGGUCUGAUGACACAGGCUGACUCAUGGUGAGACUGACCGCCCCCCCUGCUCUGCUCCCCGGAGGCCUGCCGGCCCUUCCCUCCCAUGACUUGCAGAGCUGUUGCCCCCAGACUUCCUCCUUUCCAUGGUGGCAUGGUUCUGAGGGGGUGGUCAAGGCCUGAGCUGGCCUCCUAUGCCUUAUUGCCAGUCUCAGGCCAGACACCUGGACGUCUGGGUGACCUCACUUUAAGCAGCUGUGACAGGGGCAGAGUCACAGUGCUUCCUAGAAGAAGCACUGGUCUGGGCAGGGGGCGGGGUGGGGGUGGGUCGGUGUCCAAAGAACAGGGCUCAACUCCCAGCUUGGCCCCUAAUUCACUGUUUGGCCUCAGGCAGGCCACUUUACCUCUCUGGACUUCAGCUUUCUCUUUGUGAAUCGAGGGAGUUAGGGACCAUGUAAAGCCCUCUCUGCCUGUCAGUUGCUGGGACUCAGUGACACAGGGGAGAUUUCAAAUUCUUUCCAUAAAUUGGGACACGCAAUGCAAGUGGACCAGGGUGCAGACUGAACUUUUUGCAGACCUUCCAGCGCCGGAAAGCCCCUGGUCUUGGGCUCCGGCUGCUGACUGCUCCCCCUGGUGGUGGAAUUUUCUCAUGCUGAAACCAUUGUCCUGGAGGGUUCCUAAAUUCAGCUGGGCCAAUUCCUUGGAGGGACGUGAUUAAUUUAUCAAUUUGUAUCAGUUUUUGUCUGUUUUCUA